UUAUUGUCGUCAGGAACAACCCUCUAAAAAAUAGAAAAAAGAAACAACUACAGACACACUACGAAAUUUAAUUUAGUUGUUGCUCAUCAUGGAUGUAUUCGGCUGCUUUGAUUACAAGCGUCCAAAGGACGCCAGGGUACAGGAUAUGCGCACCUCUACCUACCGUGGUCAUCGCUAUAUUACGGAUCUGCGCAUGGGAAAUUUUCUCCAAGGCUCUUCCGAGUGCAGCAACACUGGCGUCUAUGUUCGUGAUCCAUUGAUGCAUGAAAAACAGCAUACUGAAUGUUCCGCCAAUUAUAACUGGAAGUAUGGAGAUCCAGAUGUUCUGCGCAAUCCGUCACUUAACAUGAAGACGCAGUACGUCAAACCUUUUGAUGCAAAAAACUUGCGUUUCAUCAAGCGUAAAAUUAAACCCAUGAGCAGUGUUAGUCGCGAUACUUAUAAGUUUUCCGAGAUGCCUUUUGAGGCAGAAUUACCCUCCCUGCAUAUACCAACGCCUGUGCUAGCGUCCACGUUAGAGAUUGAUCGCUCGCAGGUCAGCUAUACCAAAUAUUUGGAUCCCUCGGCGACCACGUACAAUCUGGAUUAUGUAAACUUCACGGGAAAACCGAUGACAUCGGGCAUUGCUGCGCAUGAUAACUUGACAUAUUGGAACUGGGAUGAGCAUGCGCCCACUGUCAUGCGAGUCACUCGCGAAGCUGAUGAGCACAUGUGCGAUGAGAGUGCGGCGCGUGAUUGCCCCAAGCGUCGUUUGGAGUAUCAGAAUAUGACAAAGCGUGUGCCACACACCGGCCUAAUAACCGAAGUACAACAUAGCUACAAGGAUCCCAAGCAUAACAAGGAAUAUAUGGAGUUUGAUACGAGCGACAUAAAGUCGCUGUUGACCUAUGAGGCCAUUGCACCAUUCGCAACAGAUACAGAGUAUAAGAUACUGGGUUCUGGUGAGCCUGUUGUCAAGUAUGUUUAAACAAAUACAUAAAUAAAUUAAGUGCAUUAUUGAAUAUUUAGUUA